AUGACCAACAUUCGAAAAUCUCACCCUUUAAUAAAAAUUAUCAAUAGCUCCUUCAUUGACCUACCCGCCCCAUCAAAUAUUUCAUCCUGAUGAAAUUUUGGGUCUCUUUUAGGAAUCUGCCUAGCGCUACAAAUUCUAACAGGACUAUUUCUAGCUAUACACUACACAUCAGAUACCGCAACAGCCUUCAACUCUGUCACCCAUAUUUGCCGAGACGUAAACUACGGCUGAGUAUUGCGCUACCUACACGCAAAUGGAGCCUCAAUAUUCUUUAUUUGCCUGUACCUUCAUGUAGGACGAGGACUCUAUUAUGGCUCCUACAUAUAUACAGAAACCUGAAACGUCGGAGUUAUUUUAUUAUUUGCUGUCAUAGCAACAGCCUUCAUAGGAUACGUACUUCCAUGAGGUCAAAUAUCUUUCUGAGGUGCAACUGUAAUUACGAACCUACUCUCCGCAAUUCCUUAUAUCGGCACUAACCUUGUAGAAUGAAUCUGGGGCGGCUUUUCUGUUGACAAAGCUACUUUAACCCGAUUCUUUGCUUUCCACUUUCUACUCCCAUUUAUCAUUUCAGCCAUAGUUAUAGUACAUCUUCUAUUUCUACACGAAACAGGAUCUAACAAUCCAACAGGAAUUCCCUCUAACAUAGAUAUAAUUCCUUUUCACCCCUACUACACAAUUAAAGAUAUCCUUGGUCUACUAUUAAUAAUUACAGUCUUAUUAAUGCUAGUAUUAUUCUCUCCUGAUAUAUUAGGAGACCCCGACAACUACACACCAGCAAAUCCACUUAAUACCCCACCCCAUAUUAAACCAGAGUGAUAUUUCCUAUUUGCAUACGCUAUUCUACGAUCAAUUCCAAACAAAUUAGGGGGAGUUCUGGCUCUAGUCCUCUCAAUCCUUAUUCUGAUUAUUAUCCCCCUACUCCAUACAUCUAAACAACGCAGUAUAACCUUUCGUCCUCUAAGCCAAUGCCUAUUUUGACUACUAGUAGCAGACCUAUUUACCCUAACAUGAAUUGGAGGACAACCUGUUGAACACCCAUAUAUCAUUAUUGGACAACUCGCAUCAAUCCUUUAUUUCUCUAUUAUCAUUAUCUUAAUACCAUUAAUCAGCCUUGCAGAAAAUCACUUAUUAAAAUGAAGA